CCACACAAGUGCGAUAAGAGCCACCCGCUCUCGAUAGAGGUCUCUGGGAGCGAGAGAGAAUAUAUACGUCGCGACUUCUCCGAAGUGCCGCUCGCGCGAAGGAAACGCGGUCUCGGUGUCGACGCGAGUAUUCCGACAGGAAGUCGAUUCGCGGACCGGAAAUUAGCCCCGUUCACCUCGUUCUUCUUCGCUGCAACGGAAGGCUCGCGAGAGGCGAAAGCCUGCGGAGAAAGAGAGAAGGGUCAGAAGGGAGACCAGCAGCCGAGCCAGAAAGCGAGGAAGAGAGAGGAGCGCAAAGGGUUGGCAAGAGGAGAAUGGCGGGAUAAUAUCGAGAGAAGAAGAGAGAGUGAGAGAAAGAGAAAGAGGGUUCGACGUGGCCGCGUCAUCAUCUGGUCGCGUGGGAGGGAGAGGGACGGACGCAUCCCUAGGCGCGAGUCGCGAAAGCGGCGACGCGUCUCGUAGUACUUUGAGCCGCCGCCGCCGCAACGCGGCGUCGCGACGCCAGGCGCCGCGCAGUGCGCACACACAGUCACCCUCUGGCGCUCCCUCACCCUGUGCUUGCAAAAACUGCGAGUGUUGGUCAUCGUUUUUCGCACAAAGUUUUUCGGGCGGCUCGACGCGAAGCAGCAGCACCACGAAGAGAGAGAGAGAGAGAGAGAGAGGUAGAUAGAAAGAAAGGAAGGGAGGGUUUAACCCUCGCGAGACGACCCCAGCCAGUCCCCGACGAUAACGUCCAGAUCGUCCCGGAGACGUUAUAUAGGAGAGAAAGCACAACCCCUGGUGAACAAUCCCCUCCGUUGUCAGCUGGGAAUAAAACGCUCUCGCCGUGGGUGUGUGUGCGCGCGCGUGUGCGAGGUGUAUGUGUGUGCGUGUAUGCAUGCGUGUAUGUGUAUGUGAGAACACCGUGUGUUCGGGGACGAGAUCGACUGCGUGUGGGCGUCGCGGCGGCCGUUUGAGGCGCGCCGAGGAGCGCCAUUGUCGCGUCGAGCUGCCACGUGAAUCGUGUCGUCCGAGGGGAUUUGGAUUUUCUGGAUUUUUCAAGCGACCCUCUUCUUCUUCUCCUUUAGUUCCCCGGGACGACAAUCGGACCGGAUCCCCGGACACGAAUGGACCCCUUCGUGCUUUGCCCUCGCCGAGGAUGUCUCUCGCGGACCUGACGGGAUCCAGCAGUUAACCCGUUAUUGGGAUCGUUUUGGGAUGGCGCAUCGCCUCGUCGGAAGAUAACGGAGAGGCGUCAGCUGCAGCGCUGAAGCGUCAAGACUACCCCGACCCAGGAAAGUGGUAUUCAUCAGCGGCGACGACACGCACAACCCAGUGACCCGUUUUUUCCCUCUUCAAUCGAUGCGAUGUUUUCGAGAGUGUCCAAGAGGAUCGGGGACGCAGCCAUUAUCUAGCGAUCGGAGGAUCCAAAUCGCGUUCCAAUCGAUCGGCACCCACUGGCAGCUGUUAUUCGCACCCUCGGGCAGGGAAGAACCUCGUCCCUUCGCUCCAGGAACGUCCGGGUGGAUCCAACCGAGCGAGGACCCGUAUCGUCCCACCUGGCCGAGAGGAGGGACGUCGACGAGGGAUCCGAAGAUCGUUCCUCCUAGGUCGGAGAAGGUGCAUUCCCAGGUCGGAUGGUGCAUUUGGGCAGCGCAGUGCGUGAGGCCGGGCCGCAAGAGAGAAUGCGAGAGCCUCCUCACAGCCUGUGAACAUGAUUUGUCAUACACAUGCGACGGGCGGUAAUCGUACGACGAGAGACACCGACGACGACGAGGACGACGACGACGACGACGACGACGACAACGACAACGACGAUAAAGAGGAGAGGGAUGACGACGCGAGCAAGCCUUGUGCUCGUAUGAGACCAGCCCGACUUCUACUGCCCCACUGCAGUGCAGUCCCAGAUCGGAGCACCGUAGACGAAUCCAGGGACCGACGUCACCUGUUCUCGUCAUCCCCUAGCGCGGAGGAGGUCAUCCCAGAGAAGUCAUCGACCACCACGACGGAGGUGGUGUCGCGUCGCGAUUGCUCGCGAGUGCAACGUUCGACGGUGGUGGUGGUGGUGGUGCAACAAGAGCAGCAGCAGCAGCAGCAGGAGCAACGACGAGGAGGACGACGACGAGGACGACGACGGCGACGUAACUCAGGCGCGUUCGCGUUUCCGCGUCGCGGUGCGGUGGUGCGGUCAACGGGUGUCGGAUGACUUCCCCAGGACGAGGGCCGCGCUUCGUAGUAGUCGUAGAGGAAGAAGAAGAAGAAGGUCGUUGCCGCGCGUAUCCCGGGUUCCUCUCGACGACGAGAGGAGUCGUCGUCGUAGACGAGAAGCGCGGAGGAGGGAGGAAGUGCGUGGGCAAUCCGGUCGCUGGUAUUAUUAUUAUUAUUAUUAUUAUUAUUAUUAUUACGGCGACGACGUCCCGUCGACGUCGACGUCGUCGGUGGUGCGCCGGCCUGACCCGCGUCAUACCCACGUCGCAUACCCCGUGCACGCGCUUCUUACACCGCCAUCGCGAUGGCGGAGCUACCUCAGCCCGACAUGUCGCACCUCACCCCCGAGGAGAGGCGCAUCAUAGAGGGUGUUAUAAUGCGCCAAAAGGAGGAGGAGGAACAGGAUCAUGAGAUUAUGAGGCGAAAGCAGGAUGAGGUGCAAGUUCUCGAGGAAACGAUACGAAUGCGUUCGGAGAAGCAGAAGAAGGCAGGUGUGGAGCUGAACGCCACGUGUAACUUAUGCUUGAAAACCAAGUUCGCCGACGGCGUCGGCCACAUCUGCAACUACUGCGAGGUCCGGUGCUGCGCACGCUGCGGCGGAAAGGUCACUUUACGGUCGAGCAAGGUGAUAUGGGUGUGCAUACUUUGCCGGAAGAAGCAGGAACUUCUUUCGAAGACCGGACAAUGGAUGUCGAAGACGAGCCUCGGAGCCGUGGACAGCGCGCUGCUGCGACAAAUGCAGGAGGACUUGCAGGUGGGUGGUCAUCAGGGACUCGCGGACCAAACUCGGGAUAAAAGACCGAAACUCGAGAGGGCGCACAGCGCGGCUGAGAAAGAGAAUUUGCCGUUAUUACAGAGAAGCGGAAACUGUCCUCUCAGGAGACAGUACUCCCAGCAAGAGCAGAUCUCGGGUCGCCGUAUGUCCACGAGCGACAGCGGGGUGGAAAUGUCCGUUUCGCCCCACGCGAGAACUUUGCCGACGCCCCACAUGGUGGUCGGCGCUUACCCGAUACAACAAACUCCGAGACAUCCUGCAGUCUAUCCCGACGACGAUCCCAACUUGUACCGAGGCGAACUCGACGGUCUGAUGAGGCAGAACUUUCAGAGGCAACGAUCCUAUCAAGAUCAAGGCGCGGAUCUCGGGAUGAGUUAUGGUCAGACGCCGAUGGAGACCGGUUCCGUUCGCGGCACGGUACAUCCCUCUCAGCAGCUUUCGAUGCAUCAAACACAGGGCGGACGUUCCGCGCAAUCUGCGUCAACGGUGGGCGUCCAGCAACCGGGAAGUUUCAGUAGCAGCGAAGAGGAACGGAGCACACCGGAGUGCGCCAGUGACGAGCCGGACGAGUCGGAGAAAGGGAAGGGGUACUACCACCACGCGGGAGGUCCGAAAUCGAUGUCCAGUGGUGGACGUAGGCACAACGGAUCCCACAAUGGGCAUCACAAUGGGUCGGGCGCAAACACGGCCGUCGAGCAUAACGGCUACCAUCCACCGCGAGAGCCGCGAAAGGAAGAGAGCACUCUCGUCAGACGGAGCUUCCGAAGAUGCGGCGACGAGUGGCGCUCCGACAGUAGGAGGUUCACGGAGAGGAGGGGGAAAAAGACAGUGCGUUUUGACGGUGGGACCAAUGUCGGCGGCCCUCAGGAGGAGGAAUGGUCUUGGGAGGCCGAUCGGCAGGGUAGCCAAGACAGCGCGACCAAAGACUCCGGGAUAGACACUUCUAGCACGUUCACGAGCAGUGAAGACAGCAACAGGGGCGAUCUGCCCAAGCACCCAUUGUCCUGGCAAGUGAACGAGGACGGUCAGAAGAUCAUCGGCCACAUGGUUUUGCGAAAGUCCGCCGGUUCCGGAAGCUGCAGUAGUAUACUCGGGCUAAAAGUUGUCGGUGGCAAGCUACUGGAAGACGGUUCCAUGGGCGCUUUGAUCGAGAAGGUGAAAAAGGGUAGUACGGCGGACGUAGAAGGUCAACUUAGACCCGGUGACGAGGUGAUCGCGUGGAACAGCAGGUCCCUGCAGGGCAAAAGCUUCCGGGAAGUUUCCGACAUCAUCGCGGAGUCGAGGCUGGAGUCGCAAAUCGAGCUCGUAGUCGAGAGAAAAUUGUCCGGGACGACGACAGGCAUCGCGCCUGCCGGCCCGGGUCCGUCGACGCCGAUGGCGUCCAGGCGAAUUGUCGCCCAGGGCCAGUGGCGGCAGAAACACGAGACCAUCUCCGGAUCGCAGCCGCAUCACAAAGGUCUUAAGAAAUGUAUUCUAUGGGAGUUGUACGACGCGAGGCGUGAGAAACCCUCGGUUUUAGUGACGUCACCCGGCUCGCCGGACCUGCACGCCCAAGGACGCGGUCGACACUCCCGAUAUCCAACCGGAAACGCGAACGUGGGCGGCAGCAUUCAGGUGAAGCUCGGCUUCGAUCUCAUGGGACUCCAGCUGAUGGUCACCAUUAUUUGUGCUGCGGGACUCACUCCGAAGAGCAACGGCCAACCGAGAAAUCCUUACGCCAAAGUCUUUCUGCUUCCCGACAAAAGCGAGAAAUCGAAGCGACGUACGAAGACGGUGGCGAAUACGAAUGACCCUAGGUGGAAUCAGAUGUUCGUUUAUACCGGAGUGAGACGUUCGGAAUUGAAGAAAAGAGCUUUGGAAAUUACGGUCUGGGACUACGAGGGAAGGUACGAGACGAACGAUUUUCUCGGCGAGGCUGUCCUGGAAUUGGGAGUAUGUCUCUUAGACGAUGAACCAGAAUGGCAUUCUCUGACCGCUCACCAGGAGCACCGGCACGUCAGGCAUUACCAAGAUUCUGACGACGUGCUGGAUCAUCAUCUCAGUCCGCCGUCGACCACUUCGAGAUUAAGUGACUCCGACACCUCGGAGUGCGAUAUUACGGACUGUGACGGGUCCAGGGAACAAAGAAGAACGGCUGACGGUGCCAGCAUAAGUAGUAUCGGCAGUUCCUCUAGGUUUCAUAAUAUGUCGUCAAAUUAUAAGCGCCACUAUUCUAGCCCGCCGCCGGAGAGAGAGCUCUGCAUCGACGGCGAGCAUCGGAGUCGCAGGGACAUGUCGCCUCAAGGACGCAAGCGAGCGGCCCUGAUGAUCUCGCGCGACCAGCCGGCGACCAUCGGAUCGACUUAUCAGACGUAUCGUAAGGACGACAUCCAUCGGGGCAUGAUGGGUCACAGAUCGCACAGCGCAGCUCCUAUGGACUCUCCAAGUGUCAGAUACCGAGGAAGAUCUCAGAGUCCCACCGGUCAUCGUUCCUUGUCUCCGCCUGAACACAGAUCAUUCCCCUACUCGCACGGAUACGUUCACCCGACGAGAUUCGGCUCGAGAUCGGCGACCGCCACUCCCACUGGAUCGCCAAAGAAACGUCAGCUACCUCAAAUCCCAGCAGCCUUGAAGGAAAGGGUCACGCAAGAUCUUGAAGAACGGGCGAGAUUCAUGAGACCACACCGUAACAGACAGAUAUACAGGAGUACAGGCUCAGGAGGCUGGGAAAAGCAUUUUAUGCACAGUGGCCUUUCGGACUCGGAUCUUCCCUCGAUCGGACACGAUCCAUUAACGUUGUCGCACAGUCACGCUUACAGGAUGCACAGACCUAGGAAGGGCCACCUGAGCCCCGACAAGGAUGUGCUUGGUGAUCUCGGUGAUUCUGAUAUGGAGAGCAUAGCCUCGGUAACGAGCAGUGCCUUUAGUACACAAUCGGAACGACCACGUGGAUCGAGAGCACUAAUACCGACAGUUAAAAACGUAUUAAUACCCGGUGUCAUAUCCCCCAGCCCCAGCCUUAGGCGCAAUAGGCGCAGGCACAAAUUUAGGGUACCCUGCAGCGAAUGCCAUUGUCCGAGCAACAGCAAUCCCUCCAACAAACGUAACCCCAAGAACAACCCCGGCAAGUGUCCCUUCCUUCCGCGUCCCCUCGUACGGAGCAAGUCCGCAGUGGUGCGCUCGUUGUACAAAAAGAUGCGUACGCCCUUCACGAGAUCGCAGACCGUCGACGAGAACAUGCUGAGAUAUUACAGCCCCGAGACCAGCGAGUACAGCGUUUCCGAGGGGCACAUACACAGGCCGGAGAGACCCGUGGCAGCUAAGAAUCGACGUAUACCGGAGUUAUAUGUCGACUUUAACGAUCGUAUUCUGGAGAGGUUCCAAUCCGAGCGCGACGCGUUAGAGUCCACGACGACGACGAGAACGACGACGACGACGAUUGUCUCGAGGGGUCACCCCGAUGACGAUCGUCGCGAUAUUAGUGGCGUAGACGCUAGUAGGUCUCUCUUAAUCUUAGCUAAGGCUAGGAGCUUCGAUCACGACGCGACGAUGAUGCACGAUACAUACGGUGAUGAUCGUUUCGGUACUACCACUAGGCUAUCGCGCCGGGCCAAGAGUUUCGAGUACGAGAGCAUUUCGAGCAACAUAUUCAGCGACGACAGUCUCAGGACCGCCCGGAGAAAGCUGAAGCGGAAUCUCUCUCUCAGCGACGCCGGCUACGGCGACAAGAUACCGGCGCUGGGCGAUCAGAGCAAGUCCUACUACGAUUCUAACGGCGACGACAAAGUGCCUAUCGCGAAACUCGCUAACAAGGAGACGAAUUACGAGUUUCUUCUACAAGACCGCCGCAAGCCGUUUUACGGAUACGACUCGGAGCUCAGUUGCGACGAGACGGAGAUUUACGUUCCGAGCUUCGAGAAACGAAACGUCAUGGACGAUUAUCGUCAAUCCACGUCGUCCACGUACGGUUCGCAUUUGACUGACAGAUCCGAGCGAACAGAUCCGAGGAACGUUCUGGAGAAAGACGACACCGGCAAGAGAAAAUACGUGGACGAGAGCUACUUGAAUCACGAGUCCUCGUACAUCCGGGAUAUAUCCACGGAGAAGAGACUGAAGAAUCUGGACAGCGAUUUCUGCAACACAAUCGAACAGAUCUACUCCGACAUCGAGGAGGUUCUGUCUUCGUCCGGGAAAACUUACGAGCGCAACGUUCUCGCGAGGUCCGCGAAGAUCCGCGACGACGACGAGGAGUGGAUGUCGAAGGAUCCUGCCAAAGGUAUCCUGCGAUCUCAAGGGGAGAUCGCGGGAGGUCGUUCUUACUCGAGGGACAAGUACUGGGACGCCGAUUACGACGAAGGCUUCAUAGAGCGCGAGAAGGUCGACGAUUACGAGCGGAAGCGCUUCGACUAUCUGAACGAGAGUAUCCGCGACCUGAGAAUCGCCGGAUCGGCGUACGGAAAGCUGUCGUCCAGCGAUUACAUCAGUUUCCGUCCCCUCGACGACGAGUCGUCCUCGUUGACCGUGCCGCGGAGACGAAGACGCAGGAGCAGAAGAGGCAGCCGAGAGGGCGACUACGAGAGUCCGCGUGCCAGAGACGGCGUUCAUCAAUUGAGAUCGCUUAGCAGCAAGAGGCUGAUGGUACACUCGGACGAGGACCUGAGCUCGAUUGCGGAUCGCACCAGACGCAUGUACCGCCGCAAACGAAACAGCAGCUGUCCCGAGAGCAGAGAUCUGCGAAUACACGGCGCCCGUAUGGAGAACGAGAGGACGUCGAGCUUCGUGUUGGACUCCGACGAGGAGUUCGGCUCCGUAGAGACGGUCGUAGGCGCCGAUCAUUUCCGUCGGAUCGCUACCUCGGAGGCUAGAGCAACCGGGCGAUCUUCGGGUUACCUCGAACAAGAUCGUGAUAGCUACUUGUUAGACGCAAGACACGAUUACGAGAACCGUUAUCAGGAUAAUCGCGAGCUAGUUAGGUCGUCAGGGUCGCAGCGAUAUGCGUCGUCUCGCGCUAGGCGUAAGAGUAGUUGCCCCGAGUGUCGUGAGCUGUCAUCCUCGGAGUUAGGUAGGUCGGGAUCGCUGUCGCGAAAGGUCGACGACACUCGGCGGUCAUCGUUCGAGUCGAAGCAUAGAUAUCGUAGGCGAAACAGCAGCUGUCCAGAGGCUAGGGAUAUCGAACAGUUUGACAAGAGGCAGCGGCAGCAUCAGCAGCACCAACAGCACCAGCAACAGCAGCAACAACAGCAGCAGCGUCAUCAGCAGCAACCGCAGCAGAGGCAUCCGAGUCAGCAACAGCAGCAGCAACCGCAGCAGCAGCCGCAGCAGCAUCAUCAUCAGCAACCGCAGGGAAGUAGUAAGAGGAACGUGGCGAUCAGCGACACCCUCGAGUACUACGAGUACUCGAUGGAGAGCGAGAGCCAGUGCAGCGAGAACUGCGGAUUUGGCCCGUGCGAUCCGCGUAGGCCCCGUAACCGAGCACCCCGCCCUGGUAACGCUAAUUCGAGUCUCUUUGAUUCCCAAACCGCUACCUCCGACAUUGCUAAAAACUACCACUCACGGGUCGACGAUCAUCAUCACCACCACCAACACCCACCAAACACGAAAACGUCGUCGCACGUCGACAACGUGGCGUACCUGCCGCCCCGGCCGCCCCGGCGACGAUCCUUCCGAAAAAAAUCCGCCUACGACGUCGACGACGUCGCGACGAUCGGCGACGACGCGCGGACACGCCGUGCCGCGUCCAUGCCCGAAAGCAGCGAGUACAGCGGCCAGUCGAGCUCCUACGAGAAGACGUCCAGACACCAGGUCACCGACAACGGUCACGACGAGCACGACAAGAGAAGCCAGUUCACCAGGAGUCUCAGCAACGCUGACGUCCCCCAAGACGAGAAAGAUACGGGUAGUUUUAGCGACACGGCGAUCGCAUUGAACGUCGAAGAUGCGUCGAGGCGGGGUCGUAGCUCGCCGGGAAGUAAAAGCGGAAGUGGCAGCAGCAGCGGAAGCGCGGUGCAAUAUCAAGCGGGUCUCGGGAAGAAGAGUAACAGCACCAGCCAAUUAUCCGCGACAGAGUGCGGCGGGAUGCUCAUCGGCGGCGGCGGCGCCGUGGCACGCGGUGCAUCCGGUUUAGCGAGCCGGAAGCGCAACAGCACGCCGAGCAGCAUACAACGUUCCGAGGAGAUCAUGCCGGCCUAUCAGCGCUUUGACAGCAAACAGGCGGGAUCGGCAGCCAGCGAUACCGCCGGGAGUCUCAACUCGAUCUCUAGUUCCGAAGGAAGCUCCUGGUCUCCGAAUCUGCGAAUGGCAGGCGAGGGGCAGCUGAGAGACUUCAUCGAAGAUCUUGGACCUGGUCAGGUUGUGGGAAGACAAGCUCUCGGUGCCCGCUGCCUCGGGAUCCAGCUGUCCUUGAGCCACACGAAGGGUUACCUGGAGGUAGAGGUCAUACGUGCCAAAGAUCUUAAAGCGAAGCAAGGCAGCAAAGCAAUACCAGCCCCUUACGUGAAGCUUUACUUGGUGAAUGGUAAAAGGUGCAUAGAGAAAGCGAAAACGUUGAUGGCCAGAAAGACGCUAGAUCCAUUCUAUCAACAAUUGUUGGCUUUUAAAGAAAACUGUCGGGGCUGCAUAUUACAGGUGACAGUGUGGGGCGAUUAUGGUCGGAUAGAGGGAAAAAAAGUGUUCAUGGGUAUUGCACAAAUCGUAUUGGAUGAGCUGGACCUCAGUCAGAUGGUGUUCGGAUGGUACAAGCUGUUUGACACCCAAGCCCUGUGAAAACCAACCAAAUCAAGCAAGUUCGGGAUAGAUGUGAACUCAAAUGUGGUGUACUGGAAUAAAUAAUAUGCGAAUGCAAACGAUUAAAAUGACACUCGUUUUCAGUGAAUCUAAAUGUGAAGUUAAGUGAUUAACAAGAUUAAUGACUACACAGUGAAAAAAAAAAAAUAAACGAGCGAACUUCGUCAUGGACUUCG